CUCUGUUCCUCUGUAACGGCGCAGUCUUGUCUGAAUCUCGUAAUUGUCACUCUCCCAUUGAAGAAAGGAAGAGACUUUUUUUUUUGUUCAAAAAAGGAAGAGACUUUAGUAUCCAGAGAUUUGGUGUUAUUGAUGGCGGCGAGCGCGAAUCCGACGGAAAGUUCAUCGGCGGCGGCUACGAAUGGUGGUGCUGUCGAAAAUGGUGGUAAAACGACAGUGGAUAAUAAUUCAGAGACGAUAAGCGCGUUGAAGCAUAAUCCAGGGAUCUCUGUUGAUUGGUCUCAUGAGGAGCAAUCUUUAUUGGAAGAUUUGCUCGCAAAGUACGCGUCAGAGCCUACAAUAGUUCGUUAUGCCAAGAUUGCUAUAAAAAUGAAGGAUAAAACUGUUAGAGAUGUUGCUCUUCGUUGUAGAUGGAUGACUAAAAAGGAAAAUGGAAAGCGUAGGAAAGAAGACCUUUCCUCAAGGAAAAGCAAAGAUAAGAAAGAAAAAACUACGGAUUCUUCAGCCAAGUCCACAUCUCAUUUGAAUGUACAUCCGAAUGGUCCUUCAUAUGCUGCGCCUAUGAUGCCAUUAGAUAGUGAUGAUGGAAUUUCAUAUAAAGCUAUUGGUGGUGUGAGUGGAGAUCUUCUCGAACAAAAUGCUCAAAUGUUUAACCAAGUUUCAUCAAAUUUCUCUGCUUUCCAGAUACAUGAGAACGUCAAUAUCUUGUGCAAAGCUAGGGACAACAUCCUCGCAAUCUUGAACGACUUGAAUGACAUGCCUGAGGUUAUGAAGCAGAUGCCACCUCUUCCGGUUAAGGUGAACCAAGACCUUGCGAAUUCCAUCCUCCCUCGCCCUCCCCAUCAAAUGAAGUCGUGAUGGAUCUUUAUAGAAAGCCUAUUGAUGGUUGAUUUUUAUCAAAGAAGAAAGGGAAAUAAAUGGAGUAGAUGUAGAGUGUAAUGACUCCAAUAGAGUUACUACUAGUCUCUUUUGCGGUUUCGAUUGUUUCUCAAUGGUUUAGCAAAACUGUUAGGGUUGUAUUGUCGUUUAGGAUGUGAAUAGAUUUCAAUUGUUUAUGGUAAAAAGUCUUUGUAUAAAAAUUGGUUUUCAAGCUGAAAGGUUUGAGAUUACAAGAGAUGAUGUGUUCUUACUACAUCACACUCUCCUCUUAUCUCUAUGAAAUAUGGUAGCAAAGAUAAUUUAAAAAAGAGUGAUGUUGUUCAAGAACUUUCUAAUUUCUACUCCAAUAGCAGCCAAAGCCAAGACACCAACCGCAGAACCAUAACCAAUGUUCCAAGAAGAGCCAGCUUUAGCCAAAUGAAUACCAUAGAAGAUGUUAGAAAUAGCAAGUAUUAUCAUAGCUCUUCCUAAGUUGUGAUGAUACCAGUUCCAAUAUAUCCUGUAUUUAGAUUCUUUGUCCGGUCUAGCAAGCAACGCUAGGACCUGUAAUGAUGAUAAACAUAACCAAAUAAAACCGAUUGUUAUGUAGUUAUACUCGAGUUUUGAGUGUGAAAAUAAGAUGUACC